GCGCGGUCGAGCAGGGUCGCCACAUAAAUGAGGAGAGAGAGUGCUGUGAGAGAGUGCUCAUCUUCUGCUUCUCGUCUCCGCCUUCUCUUUCGAGUCAGAGUUGCUCCACAUCGACGCUCAGUGUUUCCGAUCGGUCGACAGGUGAACUCUACUCGAACGAGAAGCUCAAACACAAUCUGAGGCCUGCGGAUUUCUCAUACACCGUUCCAUUUGCUGCACCCGUCUCCCUUUUCUGAAACACGAUGGCCUCGACCAUGCGAUCAGCUGUGGCCAAGGUUCUGGUGGCGGCUGUGGCAGUGUCCGGCGUCGGACUCGCUCUGGCCCACGACGGUCAUGCCCACGCCCCCGCGCCAGGACCCAUGGCAACGUCGGCAGCGUCGGGCUUGCUGCCGUCCACUUUCGUGACCAGCAUGAUCGUUGCAAUGACCGGGUUCCUCGCCGCUCGAUGCCUUUGAUCUCACUUCACUGGCCAGUGGCCUUUCACAGACAGCUUCGGCAAUGGCUGGACAUGAGCAGAUCUGGGUGACUCCACCAUGAGCCUUCACUAUCGGACCAGAUCAUAUGGAGGCAGACUUGUUGGCAUUUUGAAGAUUUCUAUAUUGUCGAGGAAUCAUGGUCGUUCUCCUUCAAGCUAGAUCAUUGCACAAGUAGACUUGCCUUUGAGAAUUAAAUUCUUUGGCAGAAACAAAAGAAUAGGAAUUCGGUAGAGCUUCUGGAAUGGUGGUAAAAGUUCUUUGGUCUCGAUUGGAGGAACUCUUAUCAACUAGGAAGUGUGACAAUCAGACAUAGGCAAGGUUGUCUAAUAAUGUAGUUCAUGAUUCAAGUUAUGAGUAAAAUUCUCGUCGCAGAAGCUCAAUAUAAUUUAUUCUUCGUCGCAAUGGUUAUGCAUACGCUUCACUAACGAGCUCGAGUUUCUGGCAUCAAUCAGUAGUCCGAG